GAAACCACAGUACCCUCAAUUUCAACAUUUGCCAGCCGCCAUGGCUUCACGGAAGCCGAAUUUCGGUGUCUACACUCCAUUAUUGACCUUCUUUGCCAAAGACGAAUCUCUUGAUCUUGAAAGCACCUUGACACAUGCAAAGCGUAUGGCUGAAGGCGGUGUCGCUGGACUUGUUCUUCAAGGCAGUAACGGCGAAGCACCGCAUCUGGAUCACGACGAUCGCAAAUCCCUUGUUCGCGCGGUGCGCAACCAUCUCGACGGGUUGGGGCAUGCGCAAAUACAGCUUAUCGUUGGUUGUGGCGCACAUAGCGUCCGAGAAACACUGACGCAUAUCACCGAGGCUGAGGAGUCUGGCGCCAACUUUGCACUGGUCUUGCCCCCGUCAUACUGGGUUGCAGCCAUGACCCCUGCUGUGGUCGAAGAGUUCUUCAACGACGUAGCAUCCCGCUCCCCUCUUCCAGUCCUGAUCUACAACUUCCCUGGUGUCACCGGUGGUAUCGACAUAAGUUCCGACUCGAUCAUUAGGCUGGCCCAGUCCAACUCCAAUAUUGUCGGUUGCAAGCUCACCUGCGGCAAUGUCGGUAAGCUGCAGCGUAUCUCAUCCACCCUGCCUGCAGACUCCUUUGCCGCGUUCGGAGGAAAGUCGGAUUUCUUCCUGCCCGCCUUAGUAGCAGGGUCCAACGGGAUCAUCGCGGCUCUUGCCAACAUCGCGCCAAAACUGCACGUGGAAGUGCUGAGAAGAUAUGAGAAUGGUGACAUCAAGGGUGCGCAAGAGCUCCAAUCCCGGCUCAGUCAUGCAGACGACGCCCUCGUUAAAGUGGGUGUGACUGGUGUCAAAGCCAUCGUGUCUCAUUAUUUCGGGUAUGGUUCAGGGCAAGGACGUAAGCCCCUGGGAUGCCCUACCGUGGAUGCCUUUAGUGCAAGUGUUCUGGACCCCAUUCAGAGGGUGGUUGAUCUGGAGAAAAUGUAUAACUAGACCAUACUUCUUAGGCCUAAAC